GCUACCAUCAUUUACCUUCCUGGAACAGCCCGAAAAAGGAGGCUUAGCAAUGGAAGUAAGAAACGGAGGAGAGGAAAUAGACCGGCUAGAAAGGGGGCUAUUACUCGACAGCAGCGGCUCAAGCGUGGAUUCCCAAUCGGCGAACGAGGAGGAGGAGGAGGAGACCGAUCAUUUUGAUGAAGAAGAACCGGUGCUGUAUACGGCGUCGUUCGAGGAGGCCGAAGAGAAUUUCGUAAAUUACGAGACAGCUCAGUGGAUAUUGUACUCAUUGCUGUUGAUUUUGGCAUGGGGGAUAGGGCUUUUCAUGCUGCUUUAUUUGCCCUUUCGGAGAUAUAUCCUGCGUAAGCAUAUCCGCUCCAGAAAGCUCUACGUCACCCCUAACGCCAUUGUCUACAAAGUGAUAAAGCCAGUUCCAUUCCCUUGUUUUGGGGUUUUUAAAAGAGAGAAGCAUAUUGUACUGCCUUCAGUAGCUGACAUUGCGAUUGAACAAGGAUAUCUACAGUCUAAGUUUGGUGUCUACUCAAUACGAAUUGAGAAUGUUGGUGUGAGAAGGCCACCAAGCGAUGAUCUUCAAAUCCAAGGCAUUGCUAAUCCUCAUGCUUUUAGGAAGGCUGUUCUGAUGCGUCUUUCAAAUAUAAGAAGUCAGGCAUUCUCAAGACAAGCUUCUGCUGUGGAAGAUACAAAUUCAAGGCUAGCUCAAUCAUCAACUGCUUCGAUGUCCCCCUCAAAAUUCCUCAGGCAUGAUUCUUCUUCUCAUAUUCCGGAGUGGGUAAUUUUGCAAAAGCUGGAGGAGGUUGGCAGUUCAGUGAAGAGAGUUCAACACUUGAUUGAAGGGCGAAACUCUCAAAUAGCAGAACAUUCAGAUUGAGGGAGUUUGUAGGAAAAGUUCUAUCUCUGCUCGUGGUCAUAUAAAGUUGUUAUGCUUAUUUACUUUGUGCAUUGAUGUUUUUCUGGAGAAUAUCUCUGAAGGUAGAGAUCAGUCGCUGAAUAUUCAAAUUUACGGAUUACACACAUGGCUAAGUUAAUAGGAUGGAUCUGAAGGAGGAAUUAACACUGGGAUUUUGUAAUCUUUCUGAUUUAGAUCUGAACAUAUUUUACCUUCCUGGGGGUGGCUGCCUCUAGACUCUUCUCCUGCCCCUCCAUUGUCUUGCCCUGGUAUUCUGAAUUAGCCUAAAGAACCAAAUCGAUGCUUCUGAUCCAAUUCUGCCAGUCUGAAGUAGUUCUAUGGAACCACAAUUACAGGGAGAGGGGUUGGGUUGGGUGGUAAGGUGGAAGGGAUUGUACGUAGAGUCUUAGAUUCAAAACCUUCCACUUAUCUAAAAAAAAAUAAAAUAAAAAUAAGGAACCACAAUUAAAGCUUUAGAUACAACUGCUGUUGCUGUUUUUAUAAUGCCUAGAGCACUUACCUUAGGUCUGAAUUAUUACAUCCUCAGUGUAGCUAUAUUUUGCUGGAUGAUACUCGCUCAAGUUAUUCAAAAAGCUAAAAGAUUGGAUAUGGCAAUACAUACUGGUGCUGCGGACUUGAAUUAGAGUGAGCUGCAUUGCUGGAAAUGGCGAUCUUAUGUAACAUGUUGCGUUUCAUCAUUGAAUCCUGCAUGGUUGGUGUCCUCCUAUCCUCUGGCUAUGUGGCGGCAGCAAUAGCUAUUGCCAGAGUUUCAUCAGUCGGCUAUGUAUUCUUUCUUUCCGUACUGCUUUAUCUACCAAAUUCUUGCGUCUUAUUGGAAAUUUUCCCCAGUUAGGCACUCCAGUUUAGUGCGUAGAUAAUUGUUUGCUUGUAUCUUUGCGUUGCAACCGCUUGCUCCCUCUCUUAAUGAAAUUAUUACCUUCUCUAGAUUA